GGGGGCCGGGGCUCCCCCCGCCGCCGCGCCGCGCGGAGGGGCCGGCGGAGAGCCGCGGAAGUGCACUUGCUGCAGCCAUUUCCUGCUCUUUGUGCGGGCGGCGCGGAGCAUCCCGCGGAGCAUCCCGCGGAGCAUCCCGCGGCGCGGAGCAUCGCGCCCGCCGAGCGCAGGUUACCCAGGGACUGGGCAUCAGAGCUGAAGAAGAAUCCCAGAUCCUCAGGAGGUGACCAGAAGUGUGGAAACUGAACAUCCAGAACCAUGACGACUCACGUCACACUAGAGGAUGCCUUGUCCAACGUGGACUUGUUGGAGGAGCUGCCUCUGCCAGACCAGCAGCCAUGCAUCGAACCACCUCCCUCCUCCAUCAUGUACCAGGCUAAUUUUGACACAAACUUUGAAGACAGAAAUGCCUUUGUGACCGGCAUUGCCAGGUACAUCGAGCAGGCGACGGUGCACUCCAGCAUGAAUGAGAUGCUGGAAGAAGGCCACGAGUACGCUGUGAUGCUCUACACGUGGAGGAGCUGCUCACGAGCCAUCCCUCAGGUGAAAUGUAAUGAACAGCCAAACCGAGUGGAGAUUUAUGAGAAGACGGUGGAAGUCCUGGAGCCAGAAGUCACCAAGCUUAUGAAGUUCAUGUAUUUUCAGCGCAAGGCGAUCGAGCGGUUCUGCAGUGAGGUGAAGCGCCUGUGCCACGCUGAGCGGAGGAAGGACUUCGUCUCCGAGGCCUAUCUCCUCACUCUGGGCAAGUUCAUUAACAUGUUCGCUGUCCUGGAUGAGCUGAAGAACAUGAAGUGCAGCGUCAAAAAUGACCAUUCUGCCUACAAAAGAGCUGCCCAGUUUCUGCGGAAGAUGGCAGACCCCCAGUCCAUCCAGGAGUCCCAGAACCUCUCCAUGUUCCUGGCAAACCACAACCGCAUCACACAGUGUCUGCACCAACAACUAGAGGUUAUCCCUGGCUAUGAGGAAUUGCUGGCUGAUAUUGUCAACAUCUGUGUGGAUUAUUAUGAAAACAAGAUGUAUCUUACUCCAAGUGAGAAGCACAUGCUCUUGAAGGUGAUGGGGUUUGGCCUGUAUCUCAUGGAUGGGAAUGUCAGCAACAUUUACAAGUUGGAUGCCAAGAAGAGAAUCAACCUUAGCAAAAUAGACAAAUUCUUCAAGCAGCUGCAGGUGGUUCCUUUAUUCGGCGAUAUGCAGAUAGAACUGGCCAGAUACAUUAAGACCAGUGCUCACUAUGAGGAGAACAAAUCCAAGUGGACGUGCACUCAGAGCAGCAUAAGCCCCCAGUACAACAUCUGUGAGCAGAUGGUGCAGAUCCGAGAUGACCACAUCCGCUUCAUCUCGGAGCUCGCUCGCUACAGCAACAGCGAGGUGGUCACUGGCUCAGGACUGGACAGCCAGAAAUCGGAUGAAGAGUACAGGGAGCUCUUUGAUCUCGCUCUACGGGGGCUGCAGCUGCUGUCCAAGUGGAGUGCCCACGUCAUGGAAGUGUACUCUUGGAAGCUGGUUCAUCCCACAGAUAAAUUCUGUAACAAGGACUGCCCAGGAACAGCUGAAGAGUAUGAGAGAGCCACCCGGUACAACUAUACCAGUGAAGAGAAGUUUGCCUUUGUGGAGGUAAUUGCCAUGAUCAAAGGUCUGCAGGUGCUGAUGGGCCGGAUGGAGAGUGUCUUUAACCAGGCCAUCCGCAACACCAUCUACGCGGCCCUGCAGGACUUCGCCCAGGUGACCCUGCGGGAGCCGCUCCGCCAGGCCGUCAGGAAGAAGAAGAACGUCCUGAUCAGUGUCCUUCAGGCAAUUCGGAAGACGAUCUGUGACUGGGAGGGAGGUCGAGAGCCUCCAAAUGAUCCUUGCCUGAGAGGUGAGAAGGAUCCUAAAGGUGGAUUUGAUAUUAAAGUCCCACGACGAGCAGUUGGACCAUCAAGCACACAGCUUUACAUGGUGAGGACCAUGCUGGAGUCCCUGAUAGCAGACAAGAGUGGCUCAAAGAAGACCCUGAGGAGCAGCUUGGAUGGGCCGAUAGUCUUGGCCAUUGAGGAGUUCCAUAAGCAGUCCUUCUUCUUCACCCACCUUCUCAACAUCAGUGAAGCACUGCAGCAGUGCUGCGACCUGUCCCAGCUCUGGUUCCGGGAAUUCUUCUUGGAGCUGACCAUGGGCCGACGCAUCCAGUUCCCCAUCGAAAUGUCCAUGCCCUGGAUCCUCACGGACCAUAUUCUGGAAACCAAAGAACCCUCCAUGAUGGAGUAUGUGCUGUACCCCUUGGACCUCUAUAAUGACAGCGCAUACUAUGCUUUGACCAAGUUCAAAAAGCAGUUCCUAUACGAUGAAAUUGAAGCUGAAGUGAAUUUGUGCUUUGAUCAAUUUGUGUACAAGCUGGCAGAUCAGAUCUUUGCCUAUUAUAAAGCAAUGGCUGGCAGUGUUUUAUUGGACAAACGUUUCCGGGCUGAAUGCAAGAAUUACGGGGUGAUCAUCCCGUACCCACCAUCCAACCGCUACGAAACGCUGCUCAAGCAGAGGCACGUCCAGUUGCUGGGUAGAUCAAUUGACCUGAACAGGCUCAUUACCCAGCGCAUCUCGGCAGCGAUGUACAAAUCGUUAGACCAGGCCAUUAGCCGCUUUGAGAGCGAGGACCUGACAUCCAUAGUGGAGCUGGAGUGGCUCUUGGAAAUAAAUCGCCUGACUCACAGGUUGCUGUGCAAGCACAUGACCUUGGACAGCUUCGAUGCCAUGUUCCGGGAGGCCAAUCACAACGUCUCCGCGCCCUAUGGGCGCAUCACCCUCCACGUCUUCUGGGAGCUCAACUUUGACUUCCUACCCAACUACUGCUACAAUGGAUCCACCAACAGGUUUGUGAGGACAGCGAUCCCAUUCACGCAGGAGCCCCAGCGGGACAAGCCAGCCAAUGUUCAGCCCUAUUACCUCUAUGGAUCCAAGCCUCUCAACAUUGCCUACAGUCACAUCUACAGCUCCUACCGCAAUUUCGUGGGGCCACCUCAUUUCAAGACAAUCUGCCGCCUUCUUGGCUACCAGGGCAUCGCGGUGGUCAUGGAAGAGCUGCUGAAGAUCGUCAAGAGCCUGCUCCAAGGCACCAUCCUGCAGUAUGUGAAGACUCUGAUUGAAGUAAUGCCCAAGAUAUGCCGCUUGCCAAGACAUGAAUAUGGCUCUCCAGGAAUCCUGGAGUUUUUCCAUCAUCAGCUGAAGGACAUCAUUGAGUAUGCAGAGCUGAAGACUGAUGUGUUCCAGAGCCUCAGAGAAGUGGGCAAUGCCAUUCUCUUCUGCCUCCUUAUCGAGCAGGCUUUGUCCCAGGAAGAAGUUUGUGAUUUGCUGCAUGCUGCUCCCUUCCAAAAUAUUUUGCCCAGGGUCUACAUCAAAGAAGGAGAACGCUUGGAGGUGCGCAUGAAGCGUCUCGAAGCCAAGUAUGCCCCACUUCACCUGGUUCCCUUAAUAGAGAGGCUGGGCACUCCGCAGCAAAUAGCCAUCGCCCGGGAGGGUGACCUGCUGACCAAGGAGCGGCUGUGCUGCGGGCUGUCCAUGUUCGAGGUGAUCCUGACGCGGAUCCGGAGCUACCUGCAGGACCCCAUCUGGCGCGGGCCGCCCCCGACCAACGGGGUCAUGCACGUGGAUGAGUGUGUGGAGUUCCACCGGCUCUGGAGCGCCAUGCAGUUCGUGUACUGCAUCCCCGUGGGCACCAACGAGUUCACUGCAGAGCAGUGCUUUGGAGAUGGUCUGAACUGGGCAGGUUGCUCUAUUAUUGUUCUCCUUGGACAGCAACGGCGCUUUGACCUCUUUGACUUCUGCUACCACCUGCUGAAGGUGCAGAGGCAGGAUGGGAAGGAUGAAAUCAUAAAAAACGUGCCCUUGAAGAAGAUGGCCGACAGGAUCAGGAAGUAUCAAAUCCUGAACAACGAGAUUUUUGCCAUCCUAAACAAGUACAUGAAGUCGGUGGAAACAGACAGUUCCACGGUGGAGCACGUGCGCUGCUUCCAGCCCCCAAUCCACCAGUCGCUGGCCACCACCUGCUAGUGUGGACACGGACCCCAUGUGGGUUGGGAAGGGAGAAGGGAAUGAACCCAAACCAGCUGGGAGGGGUAAACUUGGUGUGAGACCUGGCAGCGAAGUGAUGCUGGGUCUGCCUCUACACCCGAGGACGCAUCUUCCCCUCGGCCCCGUUUGAGUGCAUGUUCCUCUGUACCAUCCCUGUGAUCGGUUUUACUUGUAGUUUUCGGACUUGGGGGUGGGUG